AUGUCAGCUCCUUGUCAUUGUAAACAUGGUGAAUCAAAUGGAAUAACUGAACAUUCACAAUUAUCACCAGAUUUACAACAACAAUUUCAAGAUUCUAAUCAUCCAGCAAAUUUAAUUUGUGAAUUAUGUAGAUUAUUUUAUGAUAAUAAUUGGGUAACUGGAACUGGUGGAGGUAUAUCGAUAAGAGAUGUUGACAACAAUCCAAAUUUAGUUUAUAUUGCACCUUCAGGUGUCCAAAAGGAAAGAAUUAAACCAUGGGAAAUGUUUCUAGUUGAAUUACCAGAUGAGAAAGUAUUAAGAUCUCCAAAUGAUAUACCAAAAGAGUUGACUAAAAGUUAUAAGUAUAAACCAAGUGCAUGCACUCCAUUAUUUAUGUCAUGUUAUAAAUUAAGAGAUGCUGGUGCUUGUAUUCAUACCCAUUCUCAAAAUGCAGUAAUGAUUACAUUAUUAUUUGAAAAUCAAAAAGAGUUUACGAUUUCUCAUAUUGAACAAAUUAAAGCUAUUCCAAAAUUAGAGAAGAAAGAUGGUAAAGUGGUUAAAGUUGGUAAUUUAGAGUAUUUUGACAAGUUGGUUAUUCCAAUUAUUGAAAAUACUCCUCAUGAAGAAGAUUUAACUGAUAGUUUACAAGAUGCAAUUGAAUCAUAUCCUGGUUGUACUGCUGUUUUAGUUAGAAGACAUGGUAUUUAUGUUUGGGGUGAGACUGUUUGGAAAGCUAAAGUUUAUAAUGAAGCUAUUGAUUAUUUAUUAGAAUUGGCUAUAAAGAUGAAAAUGAGUAAUAUUAAACUAGUUACAAAUGAGUAA